UGCUAUCAACAGGAAACCUGUUCCCUGAAGACCUGAAGAAUUUUCUAUCUACAGCUGUCUCACAGAUUUAUUUUUGUUUGCAGUAAGAUCUACACCAUGUCCUACCUGGCACCUGUCCUUGAAAUUGGUGGAAAUGGAGGCACCCCAUUCGACUUCCGUGGUACUGACAGUGGAGCAUCACUGGAAAAGAUAGGGGUGUGGGCAGGAGGCUGGCAAAUAAAAUGCAUCAAGAUUUGGCUCACCAACGGAGAGUACAGGGAGUUUGGGAAACCUGAAGGAGAUUACUCUGAAUAUGCAUUUAAACCAGGAGAGCUUAUCACCUCUCUUUCACUGUGGGAUAAUGCAGAGGGGGAUGGAGCUGGAACACGUCUAGGUGCCAUCAAAUUUACAACAACUCUUGAUGGCUCCUUCUUUUCAAAGAUGACCGAUUUGGAUCUGCAAAAAGAGUACCCAAUUGAUGUCGGCUCUGGCAUUUGCAUGGGAAUCGUUGGAUUUGCAGGUGAAGACAUCGAUAAGUUAGGGUUCCUUUUCAUCAAUCCCAUCAAGUCAACUUUCCUUACCAACAUCACUUAUCCCACCCUUUAUGACGUCAUUCCUCAAGUGGCUACUGAGGAACUCAAAUCCAUGACUUACCAAAACGACACUAGUGUUAUUCAGGAAUAUACACUAGAAACAUCAGAGAAGGUCAUCAGAAAGUCCUCCUGGUCUGUGACCAACAAGAUAGAAAAGACCUUCAGCGUGACAGUAAAGGCAGCAAUUCCAGUGGUGGCCGAAGUGGAGAGUAGAUUCAGCUUCACAGAGGGAAAAGAAGAUACCUAUUCUCUGGAGUUUGCUGAAGAAAUAGAGGAGAAGGUGUCAGUUCCUGUCCAAGUUCCUCCUGGAAAGUCGAUGUAUGCAAAAGUCAGCAUUGGCCGGGCUGUCAUUGAUCUGCCCUAUACAGGCACUGUGAGGAUCACCUGUUAUAAUGAAUCUGUGCUGGAGUUUAACAUCAGUGGAAUCUACAGUGGCCUCACUUACACCACUGCAGAUGUUCAUGUGGUAGAACAUGUUAAAUGGCAGGAGUAAGCAGGCCGUAAUCUGAUAUCCAUUAAGAAUUUAGAGUGAGGUCUCUAUAAGAAAUGCAAGCAAAUCUGAUUAGUUCAGCUCUUUCUCUUUCUCUCUGAUAGGUAAUCAUUUGUUGUUUUUUCUUUAAUUUAUCUUGUAAUUAAACAAGAUUUGAAUAGGCAUAAUCAUAUUAGCGCAUGACAUAUAGCCAUAUGUAACCAACAUUGGUAGAUCAUCAGCUUGAUUCCCAGUGAUGCCACAGCCAUCCAUUGCCAAGAGUCCAAGAGAUAACUUACCCCCUACAGCAUCAACUGUUCAUAUCUGGAAGCCCAAGAGGGAAACAUUUCGGAUGGGAUUGUAUGAUAGAAGGAGUGCCAGCUAGCAGGGAAACUGAGUAAAACAAAAAACAACAUGAUAUAAUUUUGUUCAUCUAACUGACGUGCAGCUCUAGAAACAUUAGCCAAGCAUUUCGGCCAGAAUUGGGCCUAGAUGCAAACUGAAGUCUGGGCGGAUGAGAUUCAGGUUGGUGUGCAGUAUUUGGCCCAGACGUGGCUCAACUGUCUUUUGUUAUCUGGGUAGAUGGACUCCUAUUGUAGUGCUAUUCAUUUUUGCCAUGAUUCUGUCCUUGCUCAAAACAAACAGAACAAAGUAAAGAAGUCAGGCUUGACUUUUUGAUUCAGUUUGUAAAUUAAAUAUAAAUAAUUCAUAAUACCUCCUGACUUCUAAGGGUUAAUAUGAUCUGCCAUUUAUAUAUAAUGCAUAAGAAUGUCACAGUGUCAAUGACCACAAAGGAGCUCUCUAACUAGAGUUUUGUGGUGGUCAUUACAGGUCAACUGGUAAAUAAUGUGCAAAUUCACAGAAGAAAAUGUUACAAUCACACAACAAGAAGUUUGUCUUACCACGUUCAUCAAUGCCUGCUAUGCAAUAAAGUAGAUUUGAAAAUUAACGAGGUCCUGGACAUUUCCAUAUAUCAAUCCUGAGACAAAAGGAAAUGGGGGAAAAACAAGAAGAAAAGGAAAAAGUUGUUGUUUCUGCUUCAUCCAUGCACAGAGACACACCCUCACACACACCUAAAAAAAGAGGAAAACAAGUACAAGCGGCUCACCUGGAGGUUCUGUGGAAGAAUGAAGAUUUCAACAAAAAAGCAACAAAAUUUCUCAGUUUUAACAGUUAAUGUUUUUGUACUAUUUUCAAACAAAUAUAGAGUUUAAAUGAAUGACCACUGAAGUGACAAAACAACUGAUCAUGCUGGAACUCACAGUACCCUGGGAAGAGCAUAUUGAGGAAGCAAAUGAGAGGAAGCAUGCCAAGUACCUGGAGCUGUUGGAAAAGUGCAAGGACAGAGGCUGGAAGACAUACUACAAGCCUAUAGAGGUGGGCUGCAAAGGCUUUAUAGGGGUGUCAAAGAAGAGGGCCAUUCGAUCUGCAAGCAAAGUCACAGAGAAAGCCACCAGAUGGCUUUGGAUUAAGAGGGCUGAUCCAUGGACAGUUGCUGCUGGGACACAAGUUGGGACCCGGCUGAGGUCCCAAGUUGGGGUCCGAAUAAUAAAUAGCAGGUUUAAUCAAAUAUCAAGUUACCUGAAAGUUAACCAAGUUACAUUGAUUUAAACUUUUCAUUAAAAAUGAAUGAUUAAACUCAACAUUCUAGAGGACUCUUACUGUGAUAACAGAAGCAGAAGAAGCAGAAGAGAAUUCGGCUGACUAUAUGAAAAAUAUGUUGAAAAAACAGAAUUUUCUCUCUGUUAAUAAUCCUCCCAUACAGGCCGAAGGGGAACUGAAAUCAGAGGCAGAAGUCGAACCUGGUGACUGGGUUUUCAUAAUAGUCAUAAAAAAGAAGUCCUGGUCAGACCCACAGUGGGAGGGACCAUUUCAAGUAUUUUUUCAUAACAACCCCCACAGCAGUAAAAAUAGCUGAACAUCCCUCAUGGAUUCAUAUCUCUCAUUGCAAGAAGGUACGAGAACUCUCUGACCAUGGUCGAAAUAAAUCUGCCUAAGAGUCUCUUGAGGACUAGCCCGGCUACAAAGGGGAGUGAAACCAAUAGGGUCACUCAUCUCAACACCGGUGAAGAAAUUGCAGAGGUCCAGAGACAGUAGUGAGCAGAAUCGACCAUGGCCAGACUGGCACUGUACUGCUUAUUCAUUAUCACCUACAGGCUCUUUUCUGUGAAAGGUGUUCACACUCCAAUUUAUCGGGGUAACCUGUACUAUGGGGGCCCCCGAGGAUCAAUUAAGCCUCUAAUAAUGAAAUAUCAGGAGGGUGUUACUGGAACUGUAAAAUUUGACUUGUGCCAAGUAAUUAAAUGCGCUGAACGGAGAACUAGUUAGAUUUGGGCAGAGAAAUAUGUAUGUGCAACUCCCUUAGUAGAGACUUCUGGACUCACCAAAGGUAGUUGGAGUGAUAGUUGGCGCAUUAUUUUAGUGUUAUUUGUAACUCGGGGACUUCAAAGUGGGGCUACACACUUACUCAAGCCUCAUGUGGAUCUGAAUCCCUGAUCCAAUGCAUGAUGAUCUAUCAAGGCCAACACACCCACAAGCUGUUCUGAAAAUGAUUGUAAUCCAAUGUACCUCACCCAUAAGAACCCAAAAGCCUCGGAUGCUGGCCUAUGUGUGCUCGGCGUUUAUGUCUCCAGACAUGACCCAAACCAUUCGUUUCUACAGAUGAUCUACAUAGCCAAAACCACCAAGGUUAGCAACUGCAUAGCAUGCUCUGCUAGUAGGUUCCCAGCUAGGAACAGCUCCAUUAGGUUAACACAGGCCAAAGCAGCGGCAGGAUUAGAAUGUGCCCUGCAGCUGUUCACACAUGACAGAUUUUCUAAUCAUAUAUGUCAACUUCUUUCUUAUUUGUUCCCAGCCACCAAGCCCACUAUGCCGCCUGGUGUUCUGGCCUUACCUGGAAAUUACACCUGCUUCUCUAGGUCCUCUGGUCGGAAGAACAUCACAACACUUCCCUGGUGCGCGUACACCACUGACAUCACCUCUAACACUGGUAGUUAAUAGUCUGUGUGGUUCACCACCCAUACCAUGGCACGCACUGAUUUGUGGUGGCUAUGUGGGGACAGGAAGCUGAGGGCAGUGCUGCACCAGUCCUGGCAGGGCUCCUGUGCUUUGGUACAGCUCCUUAUGCCCCACUGCGGCUUUCUCCACACUGCCUGAGAAGCUCAAACACUACCACCGUCAGAAACACGAUGUCUCAGCACCGGGAGCGUUUGAUAACUCCAUUUAUACAGAUGCAAUAGGGGUCCCUAGAGGUGUUCCAGAUGAGUUUAAGGCUAGAAACCAGAUUGCUGCAGGGUUUGAAUAAAUUUUUCUGUGGCCAACAAUGAAUAAGAAUGUAGAUUGGAUUAACUAUUUGUGCUACAACCAGCCACGAUUCAUUAAUCACAGCCGGGACGCUUUAAAAGCUGUCCAUGAACAGUUGCAGGCUACGUCACUUAUGGCAUGGCAAAAUAGGAUUGCUCUGGAUAUGUUAUUAGUGGAGAGUGUUGGUGUAUGUAAGAUGUUCGGUGAUUUCUGUUGUACUUUCAUUCCCAACAACACCUCCCCUGACGGUAGUUUUACCAGAGGCCUCCAAGGUUUGGAAACUUUGUCCAAGGAAAUGCAUGAUAAUGCUGGUAUUGAUAACCCUUUAACCUCCCUGCUCGAAUCAUGCUUCGGAAAGUGGGGUGCACUUGUCUCUUCUGUUGUAGUUUCUAUUGCAGUAGCAGCAGCUCUCAUCACCACCUGCGGAUGCUGUCUCAUCCCCUGUGCAAGGGGCCUCAUCCUGCGCUUCAUCAACUCUACCGUCACGAAAGUCAUGCUGUAUGAAACCAUCAUGACCGAGGAGCCUAGUUAUGAGUCCAUGUUACCAAUGGAGAGGUGUAAUGCCGUGGCACCAAAGAGAGAAGUUGAAGAACCCAAUUUGUAAAAUUAAAGACAGUGAUAGUGAAUGGCCAAUGAAGCGGCCUGCGAAAACCUAGCGGAGUGCAAAUACACCCCAGAUGAACACACUGUCAUUUUUCUUUAUCAUGUAUGCUCUCCACAUUUACUCAAUGAUUAACCCUUCACAUAUAGUAUAAUCUCGAGGGAUAUGUUAGAAAAAUCAGUAUUAUACUCCAUGUUAAUUAUCAUAUCAAUGUUGCAAUUCAAUGUUGAACAACCUUCAAUGCUUCCCUAUUCUAGCCAUACAAUUUGUUUCAUCACUGGCCUCCUAGUACACUUCUCCUUCUUUGACUUAUUAAGGGAAGUAUCCUGAUGAGUAUCUAUAUUGUUCUAAUGAUAUACUGAGAAAGGGAGACCCGGGGGGGUAUGACAUGUGCUGGCUCAUCACGGGGUGAUGGGAAGUGUCAACUCAUCUGGCAACUGGAAAGGAGAUGUAAAUCUAAAGCGUGUAAAUAUAACCACUAAAGGUACAAAAGUGAUAUACGCCAGGUAUACUUUGAGCAUUUGCAUCUAGACUAUGUUCUGUUUGUAACUGCACCCUUGCUGCAGGAAUAAAAACUUCAAAGACA